UUGUAUUUUUUGUCAACGAAAACUUGAGUUCAUUUUAAUUGGUGGAACCGGUACCGUGUUAUUACUUCACAAUAUAUUGAAACUUUCCCUUAUAAGUUAUAAUAUUUACAUUUAAAAAGUAUUUUAGUAUAAUACUAAUAAUAUGGUGGCAUUAGGGGUUACUAGAAUAGUGGCAAAGUAUACAGGUCUGAAAAGUUUUUAUGUUUCCAGCACGUGCUUUAAUACUUAUCUGGGUAGUCCUUACUCCAACAUUAGGUGGAAGUCCUCAUCUACAGUUGUUUCUCCUGAAACUAAAGGCGUAGGGACCGCUCAAAAUAAUGAGCCGCCGCAGCGUGACCCACUAGAUUUGACCUUUGAAAACACAAAAAUAGCAUAUAAAAGUAAAACUUCAUGGGAACUACUUCGUGGGCUUUUUGUUAUGAAGUUAAGUUCGUAUAAAGUAUUAGUAGAAAAUAAUGAAAAGCUCCUGAAAUUUGGGCGACGUAUCCUUGGACAAAGACUCUUUCACCAUCUCAUGAGAUCAACUUUUUAUGGGCAUUUUGUGGCUGGUGAAAGUGCAGAUGGAAUUCAGCCAACAAUUAAUCGACUUUACUCCUUUGGAGUUAAACCCAUUUUGGAUUACAGUGCUGAAGAAGAUAUGUCUGAAGAGGAAGCUAAAGAGGUGGAAUUUUCAGCUUGUAUCUCUGCUGCAGAAAUGAAACAAAAAGAACUGCAAACCCAAGAUGAUUUGAAGCAGUUCAGAUACCAUGAGAAAUUUGCUGACAGACGGAAAUAUAAUGUCACAGCCAGAACAUAUUUCUAUAUGAGUGAAGCUCAGUGUGAGAAAAAUACAGAAACAUUCCUUCGGUGCAUUGAUGCUGUUGCAGGAACAACUAAAAGUACUGGUUUUGCAGCAAUCAAAAUGACUGCCUUAGGACGGCCCCAGCUGCUGAUACAGCUGUCAGAAGUUAUUGCUCGAACACGCAAGUUUUUUAAGGAUGUUACAGGGGCUGAGAAGAACAUUAUUUUAAGUGAAGUGCAGCCAUCUUUGUUUGAAGAAAAACUUCAGAAUGAUCUUCAAGUUAAUACACAUCAGAAAGAAGUGAAAGAUUGGUUAGAAAAAAUGGAUUAUGAUAAAAAAGGGUUAAUUAAUUUGUUUUCUUGGAGUGAUUUGGUGGAUAUGAACUAUGUUAUGUCUGAUUUUUUCAAAGUUCCCAGUAUUAAGACUGGACGUAUGGAACCAAUCAUCAGGGCUUUGACUGCAGAAGAGGAAGAAAUGUUUAAGAAUAUGAUGCGACGACUUCAUUGUAUUUCUAGGGUGGCUAGAGAGAAGGAUGUUAGAGUCAUGAUUGAUGCUGAACAGACAUAUUUUCAGCCAGCUAUCAGUAGGAUCACUAUGGAACUGAUGCGCAAAUACAACAAAGAGAAACCUAUUAUUUUCAACACCUACCAAUGUUAUUUGAAGGAAGCUUAUGACAAUGUAGUUUUAGACAUGGAACUGGCUGAUCGACGUGGAUUCUUCUUUGGUGCCAAGUUGGUUCGAGGAGCUUACAUGGAGCAAGAACGUUUGCGAGCAAAAACAAUAGGCUAUGAAGAUCCUAUCAAUCCUACAUUCGAAGCCACCUCAAUGAUGUACCAUAAGACGUUGACAGAAAUCAUGCAACGAAUUGUGGAACGAAAAGACAGGAAGCUUUCCAUGAUGGUGGCUACCCAUAAUGAAGACACUGUUCGCUAUACAGUUAGCAAGAUGAAAGACAUAGGCAUAGAACCAGAACACAGAUUAGUUUGUUUUGGUCAACUGUAUGGAAUGUGUGAUCAAGUUAGUUUUGCUCUGGGCCAGGCUGGGUACUCCGUCUACAAGUAUGUUCCUUAUGGCCCUGUGGAUGAGGUACUGCCGUACUUAUCACGUCGAGCUAGAGAAAACAGCAGUGUCCUCCAAAAGGUUGACAAAGAAAGGUUCCUGUUAAAAAAGGAAAUACUUCGGCGUAUUAAGGAAGGUCAAAUUUUCUACAAACCAAAAGGAAAUUACACUCCACUCUAAGACAUUGCUUCUUGAAUUUGUGUGAAUCUUCAGUGUUGAUGUUAAUAGUUCAAAAAAAAAAAAGUAGACGUUUGUAUGUGUGUUAGAUGUUAUGGAAGAAAGCCGUAAUGGUGUCAACAGUAAAGUGUUCAUGUUUUGAAGACAGUAGCAUCAGUUCGUGCAUUUGAAUUUAAAAUGAAUCUUAGUAAACUUAAAUUUAUUGUAUUUGUUGUAGAAUACACUUCUUGUAUUAGGGAUAAAAUAUAUAUAUAUGUGUGUGUGUGUUGUAUAAUAAAGUUGCAGUAUUUUUGUUGCAAGAUAAUUCUGGUCUAAAAAAGUUUUGUAUAUGAUGUGUUAUUAUAUUUAUUAUUCUAAUGUAGAGAGAAAACUUUCUUUGGCCGGUCUUUGCUUACAUCUGGAAAUGUAGUAGUAGUUUUUAUAUUGUAUUUUCAGAUGGUCCUUCACGUAAUAGAGUACAGCCAUAUGAAUGUUUUUGUCAUAUCUCAUAGAUGUUAUUUACAAGCCUUACUGUUACUGAAAUUAAUAAAUGAAAAUUUCUUAACCAGUAACUUGUUUGAAAGAAUAAUGUAGUUUUUUUCUGUAGUUUUAACUACUAAAAAAAGAAAAGAA